UACCAGCCCCUCUCUAGCCCUCACACACACACACUCACUCAAGCUCCCCCACACACACACACACACACACGCUCACUCAGAGCUCUCUUCACCUCACCCACUCAUCCAGGAACACACACGCGCGCCGGCUGUGCUAACAAAGGAGGAUGGCUGCGUCCAUGUGGAGAAUGAAUGGCUUCUGGGGGAGGACGGCUGCAGUGCUGCUGCUCUGCGCUCUGCUGCUGCACCAUGGAGCUGUCUGUCAAGACAACACCACUGAUCAACCAUCCAGUACUGUUGCCGCUGGCGACCCCAGUUUUAAUUCAACUGAUGCUGAUGCCCCUACUGGUGCCCCUAAUGAUACCCCUGGUGAUGCUACUACUGCUGACCCUGCUGGUACCCUUGCUGAUGCCCCUACUGAUGCUACUACUGCUGACCCUGCUGUUAACUCUACUGUUGACUCUGUUGACCACACUGAUAAACCUGAGGACUCCAGCCCUGCAUCAGGAGACCCAGCGACAGCAGAGUCCCUGGCUGCAGAUACCACCACUGCCCUGGCUGGCCUGGCUGUGGGCAUGGGCCCCUCCACAGGACCCCCAGCCAACACUAAUGCCCUUGGGCAUCCUGCUGUUGUUGACGCCACCUCUUCCGCUUCUGUCGAUACACUUCCUUUCACUAUAGGGUCUUCGGUGAAGACUAUUGCAGGCUUCAGCAUCAGGGUGAUCGCUGUCACAGACGCCCCCAUGAUUCCGUCUGCUACGGAACCCGAGGCUUCGCCCGUGAGGCCUGUUGUGGUGUGUGUGACUGAGGAGGCCUUGAAAGACAAGGAUGCUGUUCAGGUGCACCUGCAGCGUUCAUCUAGCUGUGAGGAAAGCAAGAGUGUGUUAGAGAAACUUCUGGCCCCCUGGUGUGCUUCCCCUCCGUGUCAGUUAGAUGUCUUCCAGGAGGAAAGCACCAAAAACCUGCUGGUGACCAGUCCUCAUGCUGGAUUAAUGACACUGAAGAAGGCCCUGAACAUGGUUGAAGUGAAGGAAGCGCUGGGUGCGUCGCAGGUGGAGGCCCAUCCAGUGAAGUCGUCGUCUGCAGUGUUUGUGUCGGUGCUGAUGGCAGGUCUGCUGCUGGCUGCAGGGCUGAUCGGAGCCUACUGUCUGAGGAUUCGCCGGGGCCACAACACCAAGGGCAUGAGGCUGGCAGAAGAAACCUACCCCGUAGAUGAGGAGAACCAGGGAAACACGCUGGUGUCGGUGGCCCCCCUCACCCCGCCGGAGAGCCAGGAGAAGCCUGCCAUCAACGGGGAGGCACCGGAGGCCGACAAGACCCAGCCUCCACCGACCAACGGCCACUCUACCAAGACGGCCGACACAGAGCUGUAAAGACACCCUGGUUCAGGACAGAACAGACCCCUCCAACCCCCCCACACCCACCCUACCCUCCGUUCCAGAGACAACCCCACCCAGCCCCCUUCAACACACAGAUACACACACACACAUUCAUGCACAGUAUCUACUGUAGUCUCCUCCUAUCCUCCUCUGGCUCCAUGCCUCGGCAACCUGCAGUUGCAGGAGGGACUAUCUCCUGGUGACGUAAGCAUGAUGACGAUGAUGGGGGCCCUGUCCCUGGGAAGUUUCUGAUAGUCAGUACUGGAGUUUGGGGAAGGACGGGACAGGGUGGGGAGAGUUUGCCGCUAAUCACCAGUGGUUCCCAUGACAGUAGCUAGUUACUGGGGUCAGAGCCACAAGCUGUCACCGUCUGGGAAUCACCCUCCCUGCAAAUGUAACCAGCCCCCAAAGCUCCCACACACACUCCAGCAGCAAGCACUGAUAUCCAGGAGAUGCACUCAUACCGGUCCUCUGUUGAGUUUGAUAGUUAUGAAUCUGAUAUGAAUAUUCAGAGUGUUCUCAGAGCAAAAUGUCUGAUUGUGUUCAGGCUUCCUUGUGUGUGUGUGUGUGUGUGUGUGUGUGUGUGUGUGUGUGUGUGUGUGUGUGUGUGUGUGUGUGUGUGUGUGUGUGUGUGUGUGUGUGUGUGUGUGUGUGUGUGUGCGUGUGUGUGUGUGUGUGUGUGUGUGCGUGUGUGCGUGUUUGUGUGUGCUUGCAUACAUGCAUGCUUGUGUGUCUCAAUUGUUAAUCAAAAUGGAGUAUGUUUGAGCAAGGGUAUGGUUUUGUAACUGUGUAAGUGACAUUAGCCACAGAAACUUUACAAUGUUUUAAAACUGAGAAGACAAGGUGAUGGUUGGGGGAGUUUUGGCCCUUGGUGAGGCUCCUGGUGCUCACCAUCAUGUCCAUCAGCCAGGUACCAGGCAGGGUGUCACUUCCCCCCAUCAUUACUGCACACUGCAGAGCCAACUGUGCCUGGAGCAGCACCACAGGCAGCAGCAGCCUGAUACUGCAGGCCAAACAGGCUGAGCAGACUUUCACGGGCCUGUUUGACUCCAGCCGGGCUGCAGCCUGUGGCCCUGACCAGAGACUGGGCCUACUGCUGAAGAGGAUGAGGAUGACGUCCUCUCCAAGGCCAGUCUCACCAGAGACUGGGCCUACUGCUGAAGAGGAUGAGGAUGACGUCCUCUCCAAGGCCAGUCUCACCAGAGACUGGGCCUACUGCUGAAGAGGAUGAGGAUGACAGCCUCUUCAAGGCCACUCUCACACCCAGCCUUUUGGACUGCCACUCUCUAUCAGCUUCCUGACCAUUCUUACUAGUAUGCUUUUUUAAUACCUUUUUUUUAUUGGAUAUUAUUAGUCCCGUCAGUAGUUUGUUCUGUAACUCACAGAAACAUGUUUUUUUUAAUCUUUUUGUGUACUACUCACAGUUUAUUUUUGGCAUGCCAAAGAGAUUAAAUUGGCUCUUUCACAAAAACGACUAAACUGUAUGUAACAAUUAUUGUAUAGUCAUUUGGAUGCAGUCAUUUUUGAGUGGCUGGUCUUUUCUGUUAUCUGAGUGUUUUAUUCUACUGUGUCUUUUGAAAGAACGACCAUAAUGAGCUCCUCACAAUUGUAGUAUCUCAAUCAACCUGUACUGUUAACAGAAAUAAAGAAAGAAAUGGAAAAGCAGUAAUAACUAUUGGUUAUCUUGUCAGAGGAAUACAUUAUUUGAGUACAUAAAAGAGUUUCAUUUAAUCUUUGAAUUUGUGUCCUGUUUUUAACAUUCCAAAGUUACUGUUUAAUUGUACUAGCAUCCUGACUGUUUGAUAUGAAUCUUGAAAAUAAAGAUUUUUUUUAAAUUAAAGAUCA